AUGUCGCAAACAAGUUCAUUUCCUUUCUUUGGCAAUACUAAUCAAUUUCAAUCUAAUAAUAAAUCAAAUAAAUUCAAUUUAAAAACAAUUCUUGAUUUUUCAACUCUACAACCAAGAGUUCAAAAUCAUUUGAAAAAUGUUUAUACUUGUUUAUUAGGUGCCACUUUAUGUGCUACAUUGGGUAUUUGUUUAUCUAUGAAUGGUUGGCUCAAUUAUCCACGUUUAGCUGUAUUUGCUUCAAUAAUAACAAGUGUUUGGCUUUUUACACUUGAUUUUAAUGCACGUACACAAAUGCAAUGUUUUGGAUUGAUGUCAGCAACAGCUCUAUUUACUGGUAUUUAUUUAAGUCCAUUAAUUAAUGUAGCAAUUAAUGUGGAUCCACAAAUCGUUAUGACAGCAUUUUUAAUGACAACAAUUAUAUUUGUAUGUUUCACAUUAAGUGCAUUAUUGACUAAAAAACGAACUUAUUUAUAUCUUGGAGGCUUACUUGCAACAGGUUCAUCUAUUAUGCUUUUAUUGAGUUUAAUGAAUUUAUUUGGACGUUCACAACUUAUUUUUAAUAUUAAUCUUUAUUUUGGUUUGGCAAUUGCUUGUGGAUAUGUCUUAUAUGAUACUCAAUUAAUUAUUGAACGAGCUAAUAAUGGAGAUAUGCAUUAUGUCAAACAUGCACUUCUUUUAUUUACUGAUCUUGUUGAUAUAUUUGUUCGAAUUCUUAUUAUUUUAAUUAAAAAUUCAACAAAUAAAGAAAAGAAGAAUAAGAAUCGUUAA